CCAUAGAGUCGAAUCGCAAUUUGCAGCGGUGAUUACGAGUCGGCGUUGGUGCUCUACCAUCGGGCCGCGAAUCUGUUUCCACGCGACAACAGUCACAAAGUGGCGGCGAUGAGAACAAUGGCGACCAUAAGUUCCGGCAACAAUCCUGCGAGGCCGGCCGCCAAAAGAGCGGCCGCCAAGUCCGAGGAACGGCUAAUGGCCAACCUGUGCCCCGAAACCGCCGCCAUCUUGGCCAACGAGAAGCUCAAGAGGCAGCCGGAAGCUGCUUCCGUCGCGGAAGUCUUGAGCUACUUCGACGACCACAAGAGUUUCUGGAAGACCGUGCCGAGUCCACGAUUUUCGCAGGCCCAGUUGGCAAGAUCGAAGCAGAAGCUGCGACAUCUGAACAAUCUGGCGGAUAGAUAUCUCGCGGCGUUAAAGACAGCUUUCGACUCCGGCAAGAUGGCCGACACGAUGAAGGCGGCGCAGGAGCUGCUGAUGGUAUCGGACGCGCUCGAGGAUCCGAGCCGCUAUCAGAUCGCCUCCUAUCAUUAUCUGUCCUUGGUCCACGUGGCCGCGAACAGACACGACCUGGCCGUGUGCAGCGUGUCCCGUUUGAUUCGCCUGGCGAAGAGCACCGGCGACGUCGUGCAGUUCUGCAGGGCGCUGGUCACUCUGGGAAAGGUGCACCUUAGCUUCGGCCACCUGAACGCUGCGGCGAGAGCGUGGGAGCAUCUGGCUGCCGAUCUCGACGAGCCGAUACCCCUCGCUUGGAUCAGACACGAGAUUGGCCGGUGUUAUCUGGAGACAGGCAAGUACAGGCUGGCGUUGGGGAUGUCGCUGAAGUGCCUCGAGGUGGCCGAAGAGGUUAACUCCGCCAAGUGGCUGUUGCAUGGAAAGCUUCUCCUAGGGCAAGCCCUGGCGAAGUUAGGAAGCUUCGCGGAAGCCUCUCGAGCCCUGCACCUAGCAGCCAAGAUCACAGAAGACGAGGGUGACACUUUGUUGCAGUCCUACAUCAGAGAUCUGAUCAAGCAGAUGACGCUUGCAUUGCGAAGGGCGACACCGGAGGACAGUUCCAGCGAAGAGUGCAAGGUGAUUGCCAAGUACGAGGAGGAGGAGGAAUCUAGCAGCGAGUCGGAAGACGAGGAGACAACGUCGCGCUCGGAGCAGUCCGAUGGUUGCAGCUCGGCUAGAUCGGAUCCAGCCGGCGAAAACGUAGCUACCCGCGGAGACACUACAUUCAGAGUUGACGGAGCGGCACAAAAAUCGGGGAACAGGGGAUCGUCGUACAGCAGCGAGUCCUCCUCGUCCUCCGAAGAGCUCGCAACCGAGGAAACCGGAAGCCCCGCGGAGUACAGCCGGGCGAAGCGCGCGAAGGGGAGAAAUUUCGACGGGGGGACAGCGAUGCUGAAGUGUGCGGCCAGCGGGACGUCGACGAACACCGACGUCACGAACGCAACCUACGUGAUAGACUCGCGAGACGAGGACAGUUCGCCAACAGCAAUGAAACCGGGCGACGGAUGCGGCAGAACGGCGGUCGAGCCGGAGAGUGGGGGUAUAAUCAGCGAUCGGAUGAUCGAGGAGCUGGGCAAGCAGGAUCUCGAGCUGCUCCAGAUGGCCACGGACUUGCUGCUGAUGAGUAAAGCCGGUGAUCGAUCGCCGGAUUCCGGAGACGCCGCGCGGGGCGCCAGGAUUUCGAGACCCGCCGACAGCGACUACGUUCGACGAGAUUAUGCGACGCGGUAGCGUGCCGACGACGGUGACAAUUGCUGCGGAUUGCUGUAUACCUUCAGCCCCGCAUCCGUUCUUUAGGCGUCUUCUCAAUAGAUUCGUUGCGAUGCGCUUUGCGCGAACUUUCUUCGAGGUUCGCCGCGGUCGGCGAUUGGCGAGCGCGAGUUACGGAUGUUCCUCUCACGCUUCAGAUUGGGAAAAUUCGCAGCUUGGGUCGAGGAGAUACGAUUAUUCGAGCCUCGUGGCCCGUUUUUUUUAUUGUUGUUGACAAUUGGGAAUUAAUUUGUUUAAUAAGUCGCGGACCUCUGGCAUCUAGGAAAAGACAAGGAAAAUUAUACGAAGUCGAAGCGGUAGUUCGAAUGAAGUUUGAGAUACGUUCAUGAAGAGUUAUUUCCAUGUAACUUAGCUUAAACGAAAGCUGGAAGUGUCUACUUUAAGACAGGGUAUAUUAGAUUGCAAUAGAAUGACGAGAUCAUUUUGAAAAAUUAAAAGGAAUCGACAUCUCUGACAUCAUGGGAUUUACAA